AUGGGCGUUCGACCUCCGCAAAUUGUCCAGGCGGCUCUGAUGUUCAUCAUCCUCAGCUUGGACUGGCUCCUGGACUCAUCACUGAAGCCAGCCGAGGGGCUCGAAGAUUCUCUUCCACAAGAAAUCGACAUCGAGGCGACCAGUUUCCUGCAAAUCACAACGGAGUCUACUGUGGAUGGCAUUGACGCGCACUGUUCUUCAGACUUCUGGGCGUCUGCGCUGCGAAGGCUGCUGCGGUGCCCGUGUUCGAGCGCAGACUCUGCUGGGAAUGAGGUUUGCUCACGGCGCACAACGCUGUGGACCGUGGCCGCUUUGGGGAUUGCGUUCCUUCAAUCCAGUGUGAAAGACGUGGUCUUGCUGAGCUUGUGA